CUUUGUCGGAGCUUAGAGACUAGACAUGACAACACGUUCUCAAAAGGAAUACGUUGCCGGGGUUUUGUCUUAGUGAAGCAUAAAUCAAAGACAUGUAAUAAAUAAUGAUAGGAUACCAAGUGUCACAGAAACCAUUAAUCGAUUAGAUCAGAAUUUAAAAUCAAGCGGACAAGAUAACAGAAGGAGGCGCUAUUAAUUAAACAGACCAGUCGAUAGAACAUUGCGCCGACGUCUGGCGCGAUGUUGACUGAAGAAUGUAAAUUUCAAUGCAGAGUUUAAAAGAAGCACAACGCGCAAUUGAUUGACACUGUGUAAAUAAUGAGUGUAUUGCAAUACCCUGGUGGGCGAAGUCCCGCAACUGUGAACACAACCUCAAAACGGGUGUACUCUGUGUCUUCAGGCUUUCCUCAACGAAAACCUCGUGUUAGGCAGCUCACUGGACAAAGCUCUUGCAAAAGAGAUGUUAAAGAAAACUUACAGCAAGCAACGCUGAUAAACAUAGUAGCGUCUGUGAAUAUUGAUGAACAUUCUCGUCAUGUUCCAAGGCGAAGGAACUUGGGAAGUGUGUUAUCCGACGAGUCGAUGGAUAAUAGUUCAUAUCUGGAUUUCGCAAAUAUAAUAUUUCCACGGAAUAAGGCAGUGUCCAUACCACAGCCAAAGCAACGAGUAUUUAACAUGCCCGAGGAAACUAUUCAAAGGAAACCGGUAUACUACAAGCAUUCACAAGAUCGGGAAGUUAGGAAAGAUUACGAUGUCCUGCUUUUCAAAGAAAAUCAAGCGGUGAAAAUAAAACCACCUACCAGAGAAAUGCGACAUAGGACAAGCGUACAGAAGUUUGUUAAAACUCUUCCAAAUAAACCGCAUGUAGUAUUAAUGCAAAACAGUAGCUUCUUGCCAAGUAAACCAAAGCCAGGUCAAGAUAAUUCAGGACGCAAAAGUGCAUCUUCUCAAGGAAGCAGAGGAAGAUCUAGCGUUUCUAGCAGCAUUCGGCAACUAGGAACAUUGAAGAGGCCAAUAGAAACAAGAGUGGUAAGAGACAUUGCAAAAUGCGACGCUAUUGACUUACUCGAUUCAGAAAUAACUGCAAAGGAUGAUGGAUAUUUUCAGAACGACCCGCCUGAGUCUAGGGGCCGCAUAUCGCCUCAAACGUCUGUACCAUAUAUACGGACGAAAUCGCUCCCAGUUUUGUUUCCAACGAAAACAACAAAAACAUUUCCGAGGUCAGAUUAUGUUCCGUAUGAAAAGCAAGCGAUGGAAAAACAUCAUGUAUUUAAGGAUCGACCUUUGUCGGAUUCAUUGCGAAAGCAAACACCUACGUCUAUGUAUAAAGCGAUCAUGGAUCAUCCAAAUGGAGCUAGCUUUGAAACAAUAUCUAUCAAUAACGGUUUCAACAAGCCACCUGAUGCAAAUGCUCCUAUUAUCCACGAUACAAACUCAACAAAACAAAAUCACCAUCGAGUGUUGGCAGGCCUGUAUCACAUGAAUCGCGCAAGGUUGAGAAAUUCGCUGACCCCAAGUAUCGGGAGAGCGACAAUACAUUUACACCCACAGGUUACGAGACACGGGGUUGAAACAGAAGCUAAAAAACAAUUUCAACGUUCAAAAACAGAACUUCACCAAGCGGUUCACAGAGUUAUGAGUGGCAGGUCGGAGCAAAUGUCUGAAAUUGAAAGCAGCAAGAAAAGCAUCCUUAGUGCCAAAUCUGGCCACAGUGAAACAGAGUUUAGUCAGCGAACACCGAAACGAGUUCAGUUUAAUGAUAGCUCUUCCGAAUUGAAUUCCGAGGAAGGUGAAAGUGUUAAAGACACAGAUAAUUGCAUGGUUCAGCCUGGUGGUACCAGUGUAAUCAGCACGCCAACAAAUGAAUGCAGGGCCUACUCACAAUCUAUGAGGCCGAUGUCUGCCAAAGAACUGCUGAGGAUCCAGCAGAAAAUCUUGCCAGCGAAUAUUCCUUGCGUAGAAUCGCAUAACACAUUUUUGAACUCUGAUUCUGCCAUAACAAUUCAGUCAUUUCAACAGAGAUCAAACAGUAGGAUAUCAACUGCGUCUGUUAUGUCAGAGGAGUGUUUGCCAAAUAUGGAUGACGACGUUGAAAAGGAGGAUAAAGACACAGGCGAACGAGUUAAAGCAAACGAUGGAGAUCAUACAUCAGAAAAUGGGCUAGAAAAUGAAUUGGAAAACCAAGAUGAAACGAGAUCAGAAGAAGUGGAAGUAGUUUGUGGUCUGGAAGAAGAUGAGGAAGAAAAAGAAGACGAAAACAAAUAUAAAUCUCAUAUGAGUGAAAUUGAAGCUUAUGUUAAUGAAGGGAAAGUGGCGUUAAUGAAUGACAAUGAACAGUUAGAAUUUUACAAGAUAUUUAAAGCGGUGGAAUCAAACACGUAUGAAGGUUUUGAACACAAGAAAAUCCGACGAACAUCUGCAAAUUCUAAAGGAAGUGAUUCAAAGAAGGCUCUUUAUGUGAAAGUAAAAUUAAGCUGAUGUGCCAAUAACAUGUAGUAGCAUUUCUCGCUUUCGGAACUCCUUGGCAAAUUUCAAUCAAAAACAACCGCGGAUGUAUAUGGACGUUUAACAAUGUCAGCAAUUUUAACUACGCUUCAAGUAGAUCGCGUAGUAAUUUUAAUUUAGCAAAUUAACUUAAUGACUUUACACUUGGGAAACUUUAUUAAUUAUCCAAUAAUAAUACAUUUCACUGGCAAUCAGUUUAAACCUAGUUAUAAUAGAUACACUUUGAAAAACUACAAUCUAUUAAUACCAUUAUUUAUUUUCUAACAACUACCACUACUGCUGGUCCCUAUUUCUCGAAACUUCUUAAGUCUCUUAUAACAGGAUUAAGCUAAACCCACUAUUUUUGUCCUUCAAUAUUUUGCGUUUUAUAUACUCCUUUAAAUGUUUUGAUAUGUUUUAAAUGUGUUGAUAUGUUUUAAUACUUAAGAUAGGAAUUAUCGUUACGAUUAUCACAAUAAACCAUUUUUCAUUUAUAAAAAAAAUCACUAUAAGGCCUAAAAAAAAAAAUUGUUUGGUUAGGGUAACAUCCUUAAAAAAAUAGGUAGGGUAGGCAGGCUUUCUAUUUUUUUUUUAUUUUUUUUUUUGAUUAGGUUUUAUAUAAGAAUAUAAUUUUCAUCAUUGGAGAAUGGUGUUAAAGCUAUCUUCUGUACAAGCAUUUAAGGUUUAAACUUAAUAUUAAAAAGCAAUUAAAAAAAAAACGAAAUAUUUUUUUUUUUUUUUUUUUUUUUUUUUUAGUUUUUCAUUUUUUUUUUUCAAACUGAGUAUAAAAACGGUAGGGUCGGCGCCUAUUCCGUAGGUAGGGUCGGGUAACCCGAACCAAAUGUAUUUUUUUUUUAGGCCUAAGUAUUAUUUUUUGGCUAAUUGAAAUAAGCAACUUAAGGCUGUUAAGCUUAAGAAGUUUCGAGAAAUUGGGGCCUGUGAAUACUGGUAUACAUCCGAGGUUGUUUUCGAUGGAAACUGACCGAGGUAUUCCGAAUGCAUUUGUCGUUUUCAUCGUCAAUCUAUGGUGUGUUUCCGGUGUACAUAAGAGCAUGGUGAACGUUUUUUGACACCUUUUCUUCGGAAAUAUUAUAAUGAAAAAGUAAUCAUGUCAUUUUUUAUAUGUUUAUAUAUAUUUGUAUAUUAUUUUCUUAUGUAACCAUAAUUAUCCUUUCAUCACGAAAUACUCACGACUCAAA